AUGGUGCAGGGAACGCUCAAGUCGAAGAAGCUGACGACGGCCACGGCGAGGGAGUCUGGUCGGCGACAGGCUGUGCUGGGGCCGAAGAGGGGGGCGAGGACGAUUGCGCCGAAGAAGCAGGUGCUGGUACGGAAUGCGAAGAUGACGAAGAAACACUCGGCGGGUCUGACGGCCAUGACGGAGCGCACGCUCGGCGCGAAGGCGGGACAUCUGGAGCUGCUGAAGGGCGGGAAGAAGAAUAAGGAUGCGAAGGAUGGGAAGGAUAAGAAGGGGAAUGAGGUUGAGGCGCGGAAGGGGGGGACCAAGAAGUUUGGUUGA